UCUAGAUCUAGAUAAUCUAAGUCACUCUUACUCUUAGGUCUUAGGCUUCAUGUGGCAAUACAUCCAAUUUGUAGAUAGUAGUAGAGUUUGUAUAGUAGGAGUAGGCCAUAGGGCGGAGUGAGUCUAUGCCAGGGCUCUAGUCUUGAGUCAAGAAGAAUGCCCAGCCUAAUCUUGAAUAGUAUACAGUACAGCACACAGCAUUAAAUUAUGUAGGUAAAAAAAAGAAAACUCAAGAGAAGGAAGUGGGGAAAAAUCUCAAAUCUUCAAAAGACAAAAUCAAUUUUUAUCCAAAAAGUGAUGAAAAGAAAUCAUGAUGGAAAUAAAAUCUUCAGUAAAAAAUCAAAUAGUAAAUCAAUCCAAUACUACAGUGCAUUGGUCUGCAGAUAUCUAUGCUGAUCAACCAACUAACCUGUCCAUACUUAUUGAAUCACAUCAGUUUGAUGUUCACAAAGAUACUCUUGUACAGUGUAGUGACUAUUUUAGAGCUAUGUUUUCAUCACAGAUGAUAGAAAAUACAAGAGACGUCAUAACCUUGCAUAUGUUAAAUCCUGAAGCAUUUAGAAUAAUUAUUGAGGGAUUUUAUACAAGUAAGCUAAACCUAACGGAGGAAAAUAUUUUUGGUAUCAUCGAGACAGCUCAAGUUUUAAUUUUGAGCUCAGGACUUCAUUCACAAUGUAUGGAUUUUCUGAAAGAUAUGAUUGACUUUGAUUCAGUUUUUGAUAUAAUCAACUUCAGUAGCUCCAACUCCAGCUAUUUAACUGAAAUAUUCAAUGUUUCAAAGAAGUUCAGUUUAACCCAUUUUAUGGAAUUAAAGAACAGAAAUUCCUUUUUAUCAUUGACUGCUGGUGAAGUCUGUGAUUAUUUGUCUGAGAAGAGUUUGGUGGUGGACUCUGAGGUUUCAGUGAUGAAAGCAUUAAAUGCCUGGUUUAAAACAAAUCAAGUUGAUAAAUUGACUCUCCAAAAUGUUGUGACCGCCUGUGUUUCUAUGAAAGAAGACAACAAAGCUCUUGACAGUGUCAUCAACUGUAUCAUCAGUGGUAACUUUAUGGAGGACAACAAAGACUAUAAUUUGGCUUUGAAUAGCUUGCAAGAAAGAAGUAAACACCACAAUGUGCUUCUAUUUUGGUCCAAGCUUAACACAACAGUGGAGGAGGGUCUUGUUGACGUCACCCAGCUAUCUGGUGAAUCAUUAGAGGGCUUCAAGUUUGACACCAUGACUGAUGUUGAACAAAAUCCAGGGUAUGAUUUAGGCUCUGCUUUAUGCUGUCUGGGUCCCUAUGUAUAUUUAUGUGGAGGUGGUCCAAAGUUUGGUGGUGUUAACUGGAUUAGAAAGAUUUGGAAAUUUGAUCCAACUAAACCCAGCUCACAAAGAUGGACAAGUGUUGGAGUGUUGGAAGAAACUCGCAGGCAUCACUCAAUGGUAGCUGUUGAAAACAAACUUUAUAUCUUUGGAGGUUUUGGCAAAUUUCGUAUGAAAAACAGCAAGUUAGAAAGCUUUGAUCUACAAACUGGGAGCUGGGACAACCUGCCAGCCAUGCCAGUCCAUGAAAUCAACCCAGUGGUGACAGUGGUGCAUCACUCCAUCUACUUCCUGGACAGGAGCUGGGGCCUGCACUGUUACCAGCCACAGCUUCAGUGCUGGACCACCAGCACAUGGACAGCACCCAGCCCACAUGUACCUGUUGCACUUUACCCUGACCCAAACAACACUGCUGGCUUUUUCAGCCUCUCCAGAGGGGAGGGCAAGUUUUAUAUCCACACCCUGCUGCCUGCCACACAGUCCCACACCACAGUCUGUGAGGCAGAGUGUCAGCACUGCUAUGUGGGAUCUGUUUUAGUCAGGGAUGAAAUGAUCAUGUUGUUUGGUAGCAGCAGGCAGCUUGUGGAGGACACAGACAAAUGUGAAGUUUUGUUGGCUCAGAGAUUUCAGUUGCCCACUGGGACUUUGGCUGAGAUGAGAACUGUUGCCAAUGUAAGUUUGGCUGCAGCUGUUUUGGCUGUACCAUUUGUUAGUUGACUUUGUUACAUUCAUCAUACAUACAUUGCAAAUGUCUACAAAAAUUGAUUCCUCAUCUUGUUCGUAUUUUGUCUGCCCACUUUUACAUGAUAGUAAUGUUUGUUUUGUUUGUUUUAAAUAAUAUACAUAGUAAAAACGAGAAGAACAGUAUUGUUUAUCUUUUAUUGCUCAAAGUAUUAACAAACUUAGUAUUGUAUUAAUCUGAUGCCAUCAAAGUAAUCUGUUUUCCUUGUAAUUGAUGCUGGUAGUUGAAUAUUCCAUUUAGAUAUAUAUGUAAAUAUAAAUAAUUAUAGUUGUGAUAUGAUUCUACUAAGUUAUUGGGCAUAAUGUGAGACAUACACAAAAAGUUAAACAAAGGCACUCAAUAUAAAAACUAUUGGAAUGUAGAGGUUUGUAAAUCUGUAAAUCAAAUAAGUAGAAAAAACAACAGUUCUACUGGAAUGUAUCUGAUAUACAACUAAUUUGAAUACCAAUCAGCACACGUGCUUGUGGUGACACCAGUAGCACACAUGUGCUUGUGGUGACACCAGUAGCACACAUGUGCUUGUGGUGACACCAGAAACAACUAUGCUUGUGGUGAAUGCUUUUAAAAAUGUACCAAGUUUAGGCCCAAAUAUUUUAUUAUAUAAAGGUACAUAAAAAAAUAACUCAAGAGCAACCAUAGAAAUUAUAAAAGUUCUGUCCAUAUUUUGUUAAAACAAAGUUUUUGAACAACUUGUUGAUUUGCAAGCUCUGAUGAAAGUGCCAGUAUUAUGUCAGGAUCUCUUGAGUUAUGUUUUCUUGAUAAAUACAAGGAUAUUCUUCACACUCAUUAGGAGGGUGGGGAAUAGAAACAAUCAUGUGACUAAAUAAAUGCAACAAC